AGACACGGUGGCCGAAGCCGCAUCGGGAGAGCGGGAGCAGCCUUGGGGUGGUGGAGCCCGGUGGGAAGGGCGGAUGAAAACCGAGGGAGGCCAUCAGAAAGACCCUCCAGGAGGAGAGAGGAUCGGGAGCAAAUAGGGACUAAGAAUUCACUACCUGGAGUAUUGGAGGAUUCCCAGGGUGUGAAUGCUCAAAGCCCCACUCUGGACUGCUGUGUGAUAUCUCUUGACCCAGUCCUCUCCUCAUAAACAGUAGAAGGUGUUACCAGCCUGAGGCUCAUCAGAGAAGAAGGAAUGGCAGUCAGGUGCCUGCCAACCGUGGUCCAGGAAUCAGUGACCUUCAAGGAUGUGGCCGUGCUUUUCACCCAGGAUGAAUGGGCGCAGCUGAGCCCUGCUCAAAGAGCCCUGUACCGGGAUGUAAUGCUGGAGAACUACAGCAACCUGGUGUCGCUGGGACUCUUAGGACCCAAGCCAGAUAUGUUUUCCCAGCUGGGAAAAGGGGAAGAAUGGAUGCCGGAGGACUCCUUGGGAGGCUUCUGUCUUGACUGGAUGACUACACCUGUGAGUAAGAAAUCAACUCUCAAGGCAGAUAUUCCUGAAGGUGAAUUGGGUCAGUGGAUGAUAAAGGAAAGAUUCACUAGAGAUAGUCACUGGAAAUAUGAUACACUGUUGGAAUGGCAGCAUGGAAGCCAGGAGAUAAAGUUGCAGCAAGUGAUGCUUGCUCACGAGAAAACUUCAUCUGUGGUUGGUGACCAGAAAUGUGAUGAAUCUGGAAAGCACUGCACCAUGAGCUCAUCCUUUGUUCAGAGUCAGGGAUUUCAAUCUAGCAAAAAAGCCUUUGAGUGUAGUGAGUGUGGAAAAGUCUUCACUAAGAGUUCAACCCUCAAUAAACAUCAGAAGAUUCAUACUGAAAAACUUAAUGCAAAUCGGAAAAUUCUUAUUAAAGAGAAACGAUAUGAAUGUAGAGAAUGUGGGAAAGCCUUUCACCAGAGCACACACCUCAUCCAUCACCAAAGAAUUCACACUGGUGAGAAGCCGUAUGAAUGUAAGGAAUGUGGCAAGGCCUUCUCAGUGAGCUCCUCACUUACUUAUCAUCAGAAAAUUCAUACUGGAGAGAAGCCUUUUGAAUGCAACUUAUGUGGAAAAGCUUUUAUCCGAAAUAUACACCUUGCCCACCAUCAUAGAAUACAUACUGGAGAGAAACCUUUUAAAUGUAACAUAUGUGACAAAGCCUUUGUGUGCAGGGCACAUCUUACCAAACACCAGAAUAUUCAUAGUGGAGAGAAACCCUAUAAAUGUAAUGAAUGUGGGAAGGCCUUCAAUCAGAGUACAAGUUUUCUUCAGCAUCAGAGAAUUCACACUGGGGAGAAGCCUUUUGAAUGUAAUGAAUGUGGGAAGGCUUUCAGGGUGAACUCUUCUCUUACUGAACAUCAAAGAAUUCAUACUGGAGAGAAACCUUAUAAGUGUAAUGAAUGUGGGAAAGCUUUCAGGGAUAAUUCAUCCUUUGCUCGACAUCGGAAAAUUCAUACUGGAGAGAAACCUUACAGAUGUGGUUUGUGUGAGAAAGCCUUCAGGGACCAAUCAGCCCUAGCCCAGCAUCAGAGAAUUCAUACUGGGGAGAAACCUUAUGCGUGUAAUAUAUGUGAGAAAGCAUUCAGUGACCAUUCAGCCCUCACUCAACAUAAGAGAAUUCAUACUAGAGAAAAACCUUAUAAAUGUAAAAUCUGUGGGAAAGCCUUUAUCCGAAGUACACACCUGACUCAACAUCAGAGGAUUCACACAGGAGAGAAACCCUAUAAAUGUAAUAAAUGUGGAAAAGCUUUCAACCAGACUGCAAACCUCAUUCAGCAUCAGAGACAUCAUAUUGGAGAAAAGUGAUAUGGAAGAGCUUUGAGACUAAGUGUAUUAAUUAUUGAAUGCAAGAGAA